AUGCGAGUAAGCAAACAGCGAGGGGUUAUUUUCAUUGGGGGUUUGGCAGCCAGUCUUCCUAUUCUCAAUCUCCAUGCAGUGGUUGGAGUGAUUUUCAUCCAUGAGCUGGACAGAGAGGACUUUAAGGAUACUUUCCCCUUCUCUAUGGAGGACAAUGAAGAAACUCCGUUUGACCCUCCCAUCACUUUCCAUGCUAAUCUUCUGCAUCACCCUGAUCUGCCUCGCUGGAUACGCUACAUUCAACGUACCCCUUUUGACACAGGAUACCUUUAUGGAUCUCCCACAGAAAAGGACAUCGGCAAACAGACAAUUGAGGUGAUGGCCUAUAACAGAUAUACAUUUGAGACUGUGAGGCAAACAAUGGAAAUACGCAUUUCAUUAUCUCCAGAUGGAGAUACGCCGUACCAAGCCGACUUCCUUGUGAAGAACUGGGAUGUUGAGGAAAUGCUUCCAAAAGAAGCCCAAGACCUUUUCCAAGAAGCUGUAGAUAGAAUGUGGGAGCAAGAAGGCUUGACUGUCAUUAAUAUUACCUCAGCCUUAGACCGGGGGGGCCGUGUACCUUUGCCAAUUGAAAACAGGAAAGAAGGGGUUUAUGUUAAACUGGGGUCCAAGGAUCCAUUCACUACAUGCUUAACAGAGGCAAAGUCACCUGACAAUCUUUACCGAUGCAGAUUGGAGCAACAGCCUAUCAUUACCUGUUAUGAUCACUUCAGUCCUCAAUUCCAAGUUGAUUGGUGCAACCUUACUUUGAUAGAUCUUACAACUAUGAAUGACACGAAAAUGGUGCUAGUUUAUGGAGAUGGUGUGCUUGAAGAAGGGACUGAAUUUAAUCCUCCUGAUGAUGCUCCUGAUAGGAUAUUUUUCAGUGAUUUCUUACUUACUUUCCUUCUUCCAUUCCUCUUGGGCUUUCUUAUCUUUCUACUCUUGGCCUACAUCAUGUGCUGUAGACGAGAAGGCGUAUACAAGAGGGAUCUGAGCACCUCAGACAUCCAAAUGGUGCAUCAUCACACAAUCCAUGACAAUACAGAGGAACUGAGGGAGAUGGCUGGUACUCGGGAUGUGCCCCGUCCCCUCUCUACUUUGCCCAUGUUUAAUAUCCGCACAGGCGAGAAAACAAAUCCCAUGCAAAAUAACCGCUAUGACAGUGCCCAGGUGCCUCUCAUCUUGGCUCAACAAUGAAUAAAUGAUCAGGCCAUUUUCACUGAGAAGGGUUUUUCCAUUAAAGAUGUUUCUCGGGAUUGAGACAACUGUUGACAAACCUUGGCAUGAGAGAUCUGAGUUUAUUGCAGUGUUUUAUGUUGAUAAUAGUGAAGCUCGGAAAUGAAUGACGUGUGUUUGUUCGGUAAUCCUUGGUCUAAGUUUGUAGGGUGGGUUUUGAGUCCUUUUGUUUCUACAUAUUCAAUGGAUGGGAUAUAUUUAAGGUUAGUACAAUAAUCCUCUGUGUUGGAGAUGCCCAGCCUUCCACACAACUAUAUUUUCUGAACUUCUUGCCAAAAGCAAUCAGAGUUAAUAUGUGUUUGAUAUGAUACAGAAUACACAA